GGCGCGGAACAACGGUUGUGGCGCGGGAUGGCGAAGCCGUGGCGGAUCGCAGGCGGAAUACGCGCGACGACGAUUGACGGCUGCUUCGUUAUUGUUCGCGAGUCACGCGGCAGCGCGUAGAGAGAUCCGCACGAAUAACGCACCCUACGACGUGACCGCACCGCUGUUGCCGCGGCUCUCGACACAGCGGCAGCAGCACUCACGAGGAACGCGCAGCGCACGACGCACCGGCGCGACACAAUCGCGACUGUCCGGCGAAUCGACGAUGACGACGGCGACGAAGACGGUCGUGAACACGCGCGGCGACGAUCGGAUGCGACAAAGGCGCUGGAAAACAACAGUGGACGAGCGCACAAAGGCAGCGGAUUUUGAAUCGCCCUCGCGUAAUGCCUUGUCCCGGAAGCCCAGCGCUUCUCAGGCCCUCGUCCUCGUAUCGCGACCAUUCAUCUCACUUUCGUGUCCCGAAAUCGCGAUCGCGGCGUCCUUCUUCCGUCCCACGGCGAGCGCCGAAACGUGCGCAUCUCCGAUGCUCGCCGGAUGUUGACUCUGUCGCCGCUGCGGCGGACGCUGGUAAUCCACGUUUUCGUGGGCGCUGUAAUCGGCCCGCGAAAGCCGGCGCGCCUGGCGCUACCGGCAUUCACGGCGGCGGCAUUGCCCUCACGCACACGAUUCGACCUCUGACCGGCCGGAAAGUUCUUCAGCACGACAAGAGAGCGCGACACUGUCUCUUGUUCAAUCCGCUGAAGAUUCAAUAAGAACUUCAAGUCUUUAGAUGUAUAUUUAAUUAAUCACGGCUGAAUUAAAAAAUAAUGUUAAACUGACGUUGUUUCUCAUGGUAUGUUCUUUAUGUUUGCUUAUAUAAAGAACGCUCCUAUACGAAUUAAAUUAAUUUUAAGAGCGACAUAACUCCUUUUUUUUAAAAGAAAUUUAAAAAGAAACAACGUUUAUAUAAAGCGAGAGCAUGUUGUACAAAUUAACGCAUGACACGCAUGGGUACUUCACAUAUUGCGAUCCAAUAUUUGCUAAUCUAGAUAUUGGAUUUCCGGAUAUCGUCUAUCUACUAGUAAUCGGAACUGAAAACAGACAGUGUGCAUCGAUCCGGAUGAAUAAUAUUAGCGCAGGCGGUCUAUUCUAACGCUACAUGUUUUGUCCAUCGUAACUAUGACUACAACUUACUAAGGCAAGGAGAAGUCGACGCAAAUGUGCGAAUUUUCGACGCUGCUCGGAUAUUAAAGACAAUUUAGGCAAAAUGAAUGAUAAAGAUGAUAGUGCUUGGGUAUUCGAUUCCUUGAUCGGAUUUCUGCAAGGCCCCAUUUGGUCCGCACCCCUGCUGAGCUUCAUCGAGGAAAAGUCUCUUGUUUUUGAAGCAAAUACCGAAGAUUGCGAAGAAUAUCGAAAGAUAUAUCAAGAAUAUAAAAAUUUGGUUGAUUUGUUGCUGGGAUGCUUUAUGGAAGAUAUGGGUAUCACACCAGAACAAUUUGAACAUGCGUGCAGCGUUAACAGAGAUACAAAGAUUCCCAUACAAUUUCAACAAAACCUGUUCGAACAAAUAUGGGCGGCGAAUGAGUAUGAGAUAUUCAAAAGAAUGAUGAUACAGAAAAACUUGGAGCUCCAACUGCAGGCGUUAAAUAUGAUCGAGCAAAAAUAUGGUCUUACACCUGCUUCUCUCAUAUACGAGGAUGGUUUCAUUGACGACGAAUUGGUCAUGGAGGAUUUGAUACAGAAACAUGCUCUGGAAGAGGAUCAGAGCGAGGAGGAACCAGGUAUAUCCUCCGAAACAACACUGAUUGCUGAACACGAGCGUUUAGCUGCCGAAUAUCACAACGAAAGGGCAUUAUUGGAAGAAGCAUUGAGAAAGUCGAAAGACGACUCCGGGAAUUCGUCGGAUAACUCGACAGAAGAUGUUGAAUGUGCCACCGUAUCUGUCGAAAAAGACUCAUCACACAAAUUUUCUCAACUCAGAAAGUCUAAGCCUCUCAAACCAAUACCGACUUCAAAAAAGGAAUCCGAUGAAGAUGAGAUGAAUACAGAAGAUAUGAAAAAGAGGCAAGAAUACCUGAAAGCUAGACGAGAUAAACUUGUAGCUUUGAAGAAGGAAGCUAGGAGUCAUAAGCUAGAAAUGAACAACACGCGACCGAGUUCAGCAAGAGUAGUUGCCGAAGCGACUAUGAAAGGGCAACAAGAACUACAAGCAGCACAAUCUGUAGACCCUUCAAUACUUAGCGUACGAAGGGCUCUUGCAGCGCGACUGAAAGCCGAAGUUGUGCAUAAGUAAAUUUCAUUUCGUAUGAUAUUGUUUUUUCAUAAUUGUAGAUAUAAGUAUCAAGAUCGCUAUUCCAGUAAAAUGCUUUACACACAAAAGACUAAUUACUAAUUGUGAUAUCCAGAGACAACGUAGUGUGUUGUACGCAAUUAAAGAAUUUACUUGGAAGAUAUUAGACUUAGCUUUCGGGAAAUAUAUAAUGUGCGAGAAAGCUGCAAGUUACUUUCAUAUAUCUACGUUAGUUUAUAGACAUUUUUAUUUCUACAUUUUUACAACGCUUUUUAUAAAGAAAGGGAAAGAGAGAAAGAGAGAGAGAGAGAGA